GCAGCUCGCCUGAAGCAUGCGUGGGCGUCAACUAUAACGCAGGAGUCCCAGCAAGUUACUGCAGGGUUGGAUCCGCUCAACGAGGACGAGCUGUUGCCUGCCACCCAGCUGACGGACAUCCGCGCGGCCUUCCACAAGCGCUACAAGAUGUCCUUUGUGCCUGAGCAAUUGCCCUCAGACUGUUUGCUAUCAAAGCUGCGCCGCGCCAUCCAGCGGCGCAACAUCGAGGUGCUCGAGGUGAUCGACCUGUGGUCCGUGCGCGCCAUCUACAACCAACGCAUGGGCAUGGCCAAGAAGCGCAAGAUUGCGUGGGUGGAACAGGCGGGGGACAAGGAGAUUGACGUCCGCGUUGAACGCUCGUGCCAGUCUUGGCUGGACCUUUUGCACACAUACUGCUUGGGACUGGCCAUGGCGGGAGAGCAGGAGACGUCGACGUCAUCUUCCCUUCGCUACGUGCAAGUCCCUUGGGAUGUGACCUUCAAGUACCACUGGAGGGCACGUGCUGUGGCUAGCAAGAUGGGGGAUGGUUGCCUAGCUCGCUUGAUCCUCCUCGACCAGCAAGAGAGAUCGGAAUGGGAGAGCUCCACUUCCAGCCUCGGGGAGGUCAUUGCGGAGGUCUACCAGCUGCGCGAUGUGCAUUGGCAGUCUGCCAUGAGCAACGGGAGCCCAAACAGCAUGCCGUGGUAUCGCCGAAACUGA